AUGGAUUCAGAACAAGUUGCUCCUUUGCAGGAGUUUGAAGAGAAACUUUCCAAGAUUAGGUCUCAGAUUAACUCCAAACUAGAAAAUCAAAAACACGCUGCCAUUAUUUUGGCUGCUAUUGAAGAAAAUAUUGCCGAUCAAACGUCUAAUCAAACCUCAAAAAGCAUUAUUAAUUAUACAGUUUCUCUACUUUCAUUGCUAGACCAAGCUAUGAAUCAAGAAACAGAUUCAAUCAAGGACUUACAAUUGGCUACUUCUACUGCAUAUUUGUUAGAUUUAGUAUUUGCACACACUCCUAAAAAACUUCUAAGAUCUAAAUUUGCAGAAAUUUUAGGAAAAAUCGCUCCUUUUAUUACAAACGAAUCUGCAUCUGCACCACUAAUUAGAUCAUCUAUUGGAUGUUUGGAAUCUUUAUUAAUAUCUGAGAAUGCUCAGGCUUGGAAUAAUACACACGGCUUGUCAAUUACACCAACCAGAGGUUUACAGGGUCUUUUGGAAUUAACACUUGAUCCUAGGCCAAAGGUGAGAAAGAGAGCUCAAGAAGCUGUAUCAACUAUUUUGAAGAACCCUCCGGCUGCACCAACUGCCGAGCACGUUGCCAGCGGCUUCAUUGCCGACUUUGUUAUUACACAAUUAUCAGCUGUUCUACAUGAAGCUAAGAAUAUUUCAAACAAGAAAUUAAGGGCCCAAAAUGGUGGUGAAGAAAUUAAUCGUAAAUUCAUUCAUAAUCUACAGUUAGCUAGUUCCAUCAUCAGUACCAAUCAAUGGCCUUCAAAUAAAAUUGAAGUAUUAUGUGAUCUAUUACUUGAAGUUACUAAAAGCUCUGACCAAUUUUUAAUAUCUUCAGCUUUCACAUGUUUUGAAACAUUAUUUACAUCUAUGGCUACUGCUACAUCACAAUCUGGGCUGGCAGAUGAUAAAUACGCUAGAAUGUUAGAUAUCAUCUUUUCUUUAAAGCCAUCCACUAAUGAUAGCCACUUAUCUGGCUCAUGGAUAGCAGUUGUUGUGAAAGGUAUGGCUGCCUACAGUACUGCUGAUUCAAUGAAAGCUUUAUUGAAGCUUCCAGAUGUCUUUAAUCUAAUGUCUAAUUAUUUAGCAAGUCAAACGCCAGAAAUCUCUUAUAGUGCCUCACAAUGCUUGAUUGCUCUCAUUAAUCAAGCAAUUCAGGAUGAGUUGUUACUGGUUGAACCGGCUCAAGAUAAGAAUGUAGUUAAGGCUGUCGAUACUACCUUAUCAAUAAUUUCUACUAUUAUAACUGAAUUCUUGACUGUUAAAUACACUCAUUGCGCCAAGGAAAUUUUACGAAUUUUAGCCGCCGCAUUCAUUAAAUUCAGCCUUAGAUCAGAUCCUCAUUUUAUUAAGCCACUGAAAAUUGUUGAUAGUUGGAGAGUAAAUGAAAAUGCAUUCAUAGAUUUGAAGAAUGAGUCAGAAGUUGUUAUUGGUUCAGCAAUUCAAGCAUUAGGCCCUGAAGUAGUUUUGACACAUUUACCUUUGAACUUAGAAAAUCCUACUGAUGGUCAACCAGGAAGGGCGUGGUUAUUACCUAUUAUUAGAGACUAUACCAGAAAUACAACCCUACAAACAUUUAUCUCCAAGCUAGCACCUCUAAUCCAGGUAUUUGAAUCCAAACUCGCCAAGUUGCCAAAAGAGUCUGUCCAAAGGAAAGUUUUUGAAACAGUUAUUGAUCAAAUAUGGUCCACCUUACCUCAUUUUUGUGAACUUCCUCUUGAUUUAAGAGCUUCUUUUAAUGAUGAUUUUGCUUCUGAAUUAUGUUCCCUAAUGUAUUCAAAGGUUGAAUUAAGAAAUACUCUAUGUCAUUCCUUAAAGGUAUUAGUCGAAAGUAAUCAAUUAUAUGCAAACGGGGCUUUAUCUAAUGAUAUUUUAUUGCAACAGCAUUUUCCAAUUUCUGAAUCCAAGCUAAAUUUAGAGUAUUUGGCCACAAAAUCAUCAAAUUUAUUGGCAGUUUUAUUUAAUGUCUAUACGCAAACUUCUCCAAAUGCCAGAGGCUAUAUCUUAGAAACAAUCGAAUCUUAUCUGAAAAUUACUUCUAGUGAAGAUCUAGAGAAAACUUUCAAUAAUGUGUGUGCUUUGUUAAAAAAUGCAUUAGAUGAAGAAGUUGAAUCACAAAAAGGGAAGCCACAACUUACACCUACUUUGUUAGAUUUGAUUGUAUGCAUGACCAAAUAUGUGCCAUCUACUUCAUACUCUGCUUUAUUCUCUAUUUUUGGUAGAACUGUAAACUCCAGGGUUGGACUGACUCAAAAAAGAGCUUAUAGAAUUAUCACUAAGCUUUCUGAACUAGAAAGUGGUUCUGAGGCUGUAGCAUCCUUUGUCUCCGAUAUUGAAAAGAUUAUAGUUGAUAACACUAAUACAGUCCAGACACCUGCCAAGGCGUCAAGACUUGCUUCGAUUAAAACGCUCGUGGAACUACUUCCAAAUGACCACCUAGACUUCAUCGUCAAAGUUGUUCCUGAAGUAAUCUUAUGUACCAAAGAUGUGAAUGAAAAAUCUAGAGAUGCCGCUUUUGAAACUUUAAUCGCUAUGGGUAACAAAAUGAACUCACCAAAUAGCAUUAUUAAGCUAUCUAACAUUGAUGGAUAUGAUUCUCAAGCACCAAACCAGCCAGCUUCUAUUGCUGAAUUUUUUAAGAUAAUGUCUGCCGGGUUAAUUGGUGAAUCUCAACAUAUGGUAAGCAGUACUAUUACUGCUUAUGCUUGUCUAGUUUUCGAAUUUAAAGAUCAACUAUCAGCUGAUCUGUUACUUGAAAUAUAUGAUACUGUUGAAUUAUAUUUGACUUCGAAUUCCAGAGAAAUUGCCAAAAGUGCUAUUGGCUUUACAAAAGUUUGUGUAUUAGGGUUACCACCAGAUAUCAUGAGAGAAAAGAUACCUAGUCUGUUGCCAAAAUUAUUGCGUUGGUCUAAUGAACAUACUGGUCAUUUUAAAUCUAAGAUUAAAAACAUUAUUGAAAGAUUAGUUAGAAAAUUUGGUUAUGAAUUUAUUGAAGCAAAUUUCCCUGCAGAAGAUUAUAAGUUAUUAGCUAAUAUUAGAAAAACUCGUAACAGAAACAAGCGUAAAGAAACUGAAGAAGAGGCAAAUAAUGAUGCUCGUAUUCCUGUCUUAAGUAAUAAUAAGGCAUCGAAAUUCUUCUCUGCAUUUGAUGAAGCUGUUUAUGACUCAUCUGGCGAUGAACAAGACCUAGACGAUGAAAAACCCAAUAAGAGAAGCAAGAAGCCAGCUAACCAAUAUAUAAUGGAAUCCGGUGAAAAUCCACUUGAUUUACUAGACUCUGAAACCUUAGCUCAUAUUUCAUCUACAAGACCUAAGAAAUUUAACAAAAAUAACAAUAAAAAACUACUGAAGAAUGACGCUUUUAGCUUUGAUGAUGAAGGUAAAUUAAUAAUUAAAGGCGUUGAAAAGCCAAAAUCAGCUGAUGAAGAUCCCUUGAAAUCUGUUACAAAUGGUAUUAAUGCCUAUUUAGAAGUUGUUGAGCACGGUCCUAUUAGGGGACAAAGAAACAAAUUGAAGUUUAGAAAAGGUUCAGAUGAGGGUGAUAGUGAUGAUGAAAUAUCCUCAAAACUUUUAUCCAAGAAGGUUGACACUAAAAACAAAAUUGGAAAGAACUUUAAAAAGGGUAAUAAAUUUAGACCUAGAAGGAAAUUAUAG